CGCCAGCAGCUUCACACGCGCUGCUCCAUAUAGAAAUUCCAUUUGACAACAUGACACAGUCAGAGUCGACUGCGCUGCCGACGCCGCAGCAGCCAGCGCCCGUUUACUUUGCCGUUGGUCCCAGCGCGCGUGAGAUCACCUGCCCCUAUUGCCAUCAGCUGGAGAAGACGAUUCUCAAACGCAGUUGGCUGCACUGCUGCCAGCAGCGUCAUCAUUGCGGCGCCUGUGGCGAAUAUCUGGGAGUCUACAGACGUCCGCAGCUUUAGUGCAAUCAAAGCGAGUCUAAAUUUAUACAAAAUGCAUAAUUAAAUUAUAGCAGCAAUGAUUUAAUUAA